UAAACAAAACACAGCAGCAGGUGACGUGACGCAGCACCAUGAACAACAACGACCUAGAAAUCAACGACGGAGACCCAGAGAAUAUGACGAGUGACGCACAGAAGCCAGAUAAAAUGUUUACUCUCAAGAAAUGGAACGCCGUGGCCAUGUGGAGCUGGGAUGUUGAAUGUGACACUUGUGCCAUCUGCAGGGUGCAAGUUAUGGAUGCGUGCCUUCGAUGCCAGGGAGAAAAUAAGCAGGAUGACUGUGUAGUGAUCUGGGGCGAGUGCAACCACUCUUUCCACAAUUGUUGUAUGAGUCUGUGGGUUAAACAGAACAACCGCUGUCCACUCUGUCAACAAGAAUGGUCUGUACAGCGAGUUGGUAAAUAGUCCUUCUAAAACAGGAAGGAUACCCAAGUGUUUUUAUCUUAAUUGUAAUAGUGACAUUCAGUGUACGUACUACAGUACAAUAUUGAUUGUGAAAAUGUGUGUUCAUUUAACAAUAUUACCGUU